AUGUUCUCAAACUUGAUCUGGCUUGGUUCAUCUACUCCUCAAUACAUCCAGAACUGCAAGACAAAGCGUGUUGAUGGCCAGAGCCCAUUCUUCUUCAGUUUACUAUUCUCCGGUAAUGUUUUCUCCUUGAUCGGACUUUUAAUUAACGGCGGUCUUGUUGUCCAACUCAUUCAAGCCAUUAUUUACGUUAUUCUCGAUGGAAUUCUCUUCUCUCAGUACAUAUAUUAUCGUUGCUGCUAUGUAGAAUGCUGCAAAGAUCAACUGAAAGCUGAUAAUGAUAAUAAGAAACGAAAUCUUACCGAAAUCGACGAUGCUAGUGACGAUAUUAUAGCUCCAGCAGUUGCAGGGGUUGCAGCUGCCGUAGUAUUAGCUGCAGUUGACUAUGCUCACCCAUACAAAAAAGCUGAUUUAGUUGGCACAUUAUUCGGCUGGGCCUCAGCAUGCAUCUACAUCUCAUCAAGAAUCCCACAAGUCAUCAAAAACUUCACAGAUAAGAUUGUCAAAGAUUUAAGUCCAUUCUACGUUAUCCUUGCCAUUGCAGGAAAUGGAACUUAUUUGAUGUCACUUUUUAUCAAAUCUGUUGAAGCUCAGUUCUGCUGGAACCAGAUGCCAUGGAUCAUUGGCGCUGGUGGUCCUCUAUGCUGCGACUGCAUAUUCUUGAUACAAAUGUGCGUUUUCGGACUUGCAAAGGGAUCAGACAAUGUCCAUGAAGAUAAAUCCGGUGAGGAACAAGAAGAGGACAACGGAGAAUACUACGAUGAAAUUAAGAGAAUUUCUGAAUUGUAA